GGGAAGGGGACUUUUCUUUUGAAGUGUAGCAGGUUGAUCAGCCUCAGCCCUGCUUCUCAAAGUCUUGCAGACCGAUCUGGAGCUUAUAAAGGAUGGCUGAACCACCUCGGUCAUGUGAUUGUUUUGUAUCUCUGCCUCCGGGUUCAAAAGAAGAUUAUGUGAUAUUUGGUAAGAACUCUGACCGCCCGAGAGAUGAGGUACAGGAGGUGGUGUAUUACCCUGCGAACUCACACUCUCCUGGGUCUACAGUCCAGUGCACAUACAUUUCCAUCCCUCAAGUAGAGCACACCCUUGCAGUUGUACUGAGCAGACCCGCAUGGCUCUGGGGGGCUGAGAUGGGGGCUAAUGAACACGGGGUGUGUAUUGGAAAUGAGGCAGUUUGGACCAAGGAGCCUGUGAGUCCAGAGGAAGCUCUUCUGGGAAUGGACCUGGUUCGGCUGGGUCUUGAGCGGGGGGUCAGCGCGUGGGCCGCUCUGAAUGUCAUCACAGGCCUACUGGAACAGCACGGUCAGGGCGGAGCCUGCAGGGAGACCACCGAACCCUUUAGCUACCACAACACCUUCUUACUGGUGGACCGACAGGAAGCCUGGGUCCUAGAGACUGCUGGGAAACUGUGGGCUGCACAGAAAGUCACAGAGGGAGUCAAGAACAUUUCUAACCAGCUGACGAUAGGCACAGAGAUCUCUGCAGAGCAUCCGGAGCUACGCAGUAUGGCUCAGUCUCAGGGCUGGUGGAGCGGUGAGGGGGAGUUUAGCUUCACUGCUGUCUUCAGCCCUGACAAUCCCCCUGCUAGGAUGGAACUGGCCAAGCAGCGCUACGAGGGUGGCACAGCCCUGCUCCAAGAACAUGACGGCUCUGUGACUGCAGAGGUGAUGAUGAGCAUCCUGAGGGACAAGGGCAGUGGGAUCUGUAUGGAUUCCAAGGGCUUCUGUACCACAGGCAGCAUGGUGUCAAUCCUUCCACGCAACCCAGAUGUGCCCUGCGUUCACUUCCUCACUGCCACACCCGACCCUGCCAGGUCUGUAUUCAAGCCUUUUAUCUUCUCAGAGAGCAUGAGGCCCGUCAGCAUGGUGAUGUCACCACAGUACGGGCCUGAUGAUCCUGUCAGGACGCAGCCUCGAUUCCAGCACCAGGUGGACCGUAAACAUGAGCUGUACAAAGCCCACCAGAGCGCCGUAAGCAAUCCUGAUGCUGGAGCCUCUCUACAGGAGACUAUGAGAUACUUGGAGUGUCAAUGUCUUGAGGAGAUAGAGGCCAUGCUUAGGGGAGAGAUACAGGGCCAGGAGCUCGGUGACCUGUUCUUCGACUGCGUGGACGCAGAGAUCAAAUUCUACCAGUGAGACAGAACAGUUUGUCGUUGUGAAUGUCAGUAGUGCUUACUGAUCUGCCUGGAGAGAGAGAUAGAGAGACAGUCCUGAGCGCACUGGUUCCUGCCUGCUCAAAUCCUGCUCUUCUAGUCCCCUGACACCAUGCCAAACUAAUUGUGAUAUCCAUGCCACACUAACUGUAACUUUUAAAGACAUGCUAGAUGUUCAUUUGAGUAAUUGUCACACAGGGCGCUCAUAUAUGCAUAACAUUAACCAGUUAGAUUACGAAGGUGUGUAUGUGAGAUGUUAGUGAAAUACACGUGUCAUUCCAGGAAGUAAAAGGGAUCAGCUACCAGACUGACCCUCUGAGGAGAAAUACAAUAAAAUGUCAAUGAUUCAACACAACUGUGAUAUUUAAUAUAACUGAAACUAUGUAUUUCAAGUGUGUCUGAAAAGGCAGUGUUUUAUUGUAAUUAGUACAUUAUCGGAAUAAAUCAGAAGAUUAUAAGCCACAAGCAAAAGAUGCAAAAACAAAAAAAAACAAAAAAAACAGGCAUGCUCCUGAAAUAUACCCCUUUAGUGGUCUGAAAUGAUCAUUCAAACACCUUUCCAAAGACAAAAAUUCUCUGCAAGAAUCUGAUAAGGAAAAAAAUACAACAUUACACUGUUUAUGUGGACACUUAAACUGGCCACUUAAAGGAAUAUUAUGGGUUCAACACAAGUUAAGCGCAAUUGACAGCAUUUGUGGCAUAAUGCAAAAAUAUGGCAUAAAUAAAGCAUAAAUCUGGGUUACAGUGAGGCACUAACUAUGGAAGUGAAUGGGGCCAAUCCGUAAAUGUUAAAAUACUCAGUUUCAAAUGUAUAGCCACAAGUCAGGAACAAUAUGCAUGUUUACAUGAUUUUAGUGUGAUAAAAUCACUUACUAACCUUUUCUAUGUGAAGUUAUAUCCAAUUUUAUCCAAUCCAACUUUGUUGCCAUGACGAUGUUACCACGUAAACCCUAAAACAACCAUAAAAACGACAAUUUAAACAACGUUACAGCUCAAAUAAUACUUGAGUUUUAACAAAAGAAUGAAUGGAAUUGCUUUAUAAAAUUAUGAGCUUCACAUUUCUGCCUUUAAGCCCUCCAAAUAUUGUCCCCCAUUCACUUCCAUUGUAAGUGCCUCAAUGUAACCUCGAUUGAACCCGGAAUAUUCCUUUAACCAGCAAUAUUGCAAAUGCAUCACUACACCAAGCACCAAAAUACUUCAAAAUGUCAAACAG